AUGUUUUUCAUUCGUAAGCGGUACUUUGGCUUUUCCCAUGGUUUGGGCGUAUCGGCCGCCAUCCAGAGGAGACCCUUUAGCACGAAAAACUUCUACGAAAUUUUAAACGUCCAACGGAAUAGCAGUAAAAAUGAAAUAAAGCAAGCAUAUCGAAAGCUGGCCCUCAAGUAUCACCCAGACAGGAAUCCAAAUAAUCGAAAAGAAUCGGAAAAAAUGUUUAGAGAAAUAACAGAAGCAUAUGAGACCUUAAGUGACGAAAAUAAAAAGAAAAUUUAUGACAGUCAGCUAAAUCAUGGGUUCUCUGCUGGGAAUUUUGGUAAUAACUACAGCAACAUGAGCAGCAAUGGGAAAACAAAUUACACGUACCAGACAAGGAGAAUGAGUGAUGAGGAAAUCGAGAAGGUUUUUAAGAACGUUUUUGGCACCAUGAACCUGAAUGAUAUUUUUAAAUCAAACGUUUUUGGGGAGGGUAACUUCUCCCCGAGAGGGAUGGAAAACGAUUUUUUUACAAAAUUUGGAUCAGCGGGAUCCUAUCGGAGCAGCAGUGACAAUAUAAAACAGACGAACAUAAAAACGGAGAUCAUCCCGCGAGGAAACAAAAUAAUCGAGAAGACGACCAAAAUAAUUACCUACCACGACGGGGUCGUCAAGCAGGAGAUCACGGAAAGGGAGAUAAGCGGCAACAGCAAAGAAUACGACAUGUCAGAUUUUGACGUUUUCUAUAAAAAUAAUUUCAACAAGGUGGAUCCUCGUGUGAGUCGAAGCGAAUUUGUUGAUUAUAAAAAAAUGGGAAAAGAAAACAGCUUAGGGAAACAGGUUAUGCGAUAUGCAUUUGGGAUCAUUUCCAUUGCCACGAGAAGGAUCCUUGUGAAUUUUGUGAUACAAGUUAUGAGAAGGAUCAUACAAGGGAUUAUUCACAUGCUGCGGCGCAGGUGA